GACGUUUGUUUUGAGAGACUGCAAACGAGGCUGUAGUAAGCUGAGACGCAGAGUAGCUGCGGUGCGACAUGAAGUCUUCCCAGAUUAUUUCACUCUAGCCGUUUUUUCUCAACCAAAAUGGGGAGACGUCCAAAGCAAGACACUCCAAAACAUGAGGCUCAGCCGUCGGAUGGGAUGCGUUCGAUGUGGGAACUUGUUUUUAUUUCUCAAUUCCUACGGGUAUUUCAGGACAAGUUUGGUUUUGCUCACUUCGAUCUGGAGGGUCUAGAAAAUGCCUUCCUGGAAGCACAAAAUUACCCAUUAUUCAGUAUAUUUGCUUCUUUACUAAGGAUUCUUCUUAAGAGGCAUGAUAUUAGGAUGGACAGCUGGCAGGAUGUAUUGAGUGAAGAAUUAGAAAAACGAGACAGAAAUUGGAAUCCAAUAAAAGACAAAACUUACAGUGAAAUAUCAGUCGAAAAUAGAAUCUUGCUGCUUCAACAUCUGAUACAGUAUGUGUGUGAGAAUGAUCAAAGUCCUGAGUUAAAAGAUUUCCAUGCUGAAUUCCUUAAUCCUGAUUCCAAGAAGAAAGGGCCAAUUGGACAAGACUCGCAGGGCAAUAUCUAUUGGUAUUUUGAUGAUUUGAGACUUUAUAAAGAGAAGAAAAACAAAAAAGGCAACAAGAAGAGCUGGGAAACUCUGUGUACGACGUGUGAAGAGUGGGAAGCCUUCAUCAAGUCGUUCGAGAAAAGCAAAGACAGUAAUGAGAAAAAACUAUGCCAGUAUUUACAGAAUGAGUUGUCUCCAAAACUCAUGCCCCUCUUAAAGGACCAUGAAAAGGAAAAAGAACUAAAGAGCAAGAAAAGGAAGAGCAAGUCACCUAAAUCCAGACAAAAGGAGUUAGCAAAGGAGGACGAAAAAGAUGCUCUAAUCAAACAAGAAGAAGAAGAAAUCGAGAAAAUGAAGCAGGAAGAAGAAAAUGAAAAACAGAAAAACGUGGAGGUCGAGCACAGAAAGAAAGGAAGACGGAAGAAGGCUGAGAUGAUCCAACGUGACGACACGAGUCCAGAACAAGAAGAAUCGUCGAAAAACAAUAAGGAACAAGAAGAAUUAGAAAAGAGGGUUGCAGAAGAACUUGAAAAGCAGGAAAAAAUGAUCAGUUCAGAGGACAUCGAGAGUGGCCUGGUACCAAGGACGAAGCGUCGUUGCGUUAUCGUACGCGAACAGACCAAGAAGAAGAAAGAAUGGUGGGAUGAAGAAGGUAUUGGAUCUGAUUUAGACGAAGCCGACGAAGAUGCUGAUUCUGACAGCUCAGAUGGCCCUAGACGUAAGAAGAAGCGCAAGCUCAUCAAACCUGUAGAGCUUCCAGGACCUACCAAUAGAACCUACGUAUUCUCCACCGGACUUGCUAAUCGAGCAGCUGAAGCUGUACAACAGGGAAGAGUUGAAAGCAUCAUAGCAUUCCAUCGUGCACAGCAAACAACCUCGCCUUAUUUAAGACUAGAAAAAAACAGAACUUUCGAUUCGUCCAACAAAAGUUACGAGCAACAAAAGGCUUAUUAUUCUCAACARUAUCGUCAGCAGUCGAUGAUUCCCCGGGGAUACGGUGGCAUGCCCGUGAGUAUGCUUCCCGAUGGUAGUGCAGGACCCGGUGGUAGACCAGGGUACAGUCCAGCACAGUGGCAACAAAUGCAGCUCCAGCAACAGUACUUGAAAGACAGACAGACGCACCAACACUCUUCUCAGGCAGUUGAUGACUUGAGCCAAAUAAUAUUCGGCGGUCCUACCAAUGGUAAUGCCCAGCCUCCUGUGGGUGACCCUGUGUAUUCUAGAGGCGCGUACCCCCAAAGAAUGGGCAUGCCGGGACAGCCAGGGGUCCAGUAUGGGUACCCCCAAAGAAUGCCUACACAGCAGCAACCCUCUACGUUUCAGGAUAGCCGCAUGAAUGACCAGUAUCGACCACCAUUUCAACAGAACCAAUUUUCUGGCUACACUCAACAGCAACAGCAAGCGCAGUUUUUUCAAAGACCUCGACAGUUGCCUCAACUACAUUCACCUGGUGCACAGUCCCCAUCGUCUGAUCCUCUCGGUGCCAACGUUCGUUCCCCACCCCCACCCUACCCAGGCAAUCGUACAGGCGACAGUAGACCUCAACAGCAACACCAUAUAGUGAAUAGUCCAGCACCAGUACCAUCACCUACUAGUACAGGAUCACCGCAAACUCCACUCACUCCACAUACCCCACACACGCCUAGAUUCUCUGGUGCUGUGCCAUCGCCAGGCGAGCCAACGAAGCCGCCAUUUUCUCCUUCGAGUCAACAAUCACCGUACGUAGGCGCUGGAAUAUUUCCUGGAACGAAACGACCCAGCAGUGAGAGUAGUGGGUCUGAAACGACAAACGAGGGUCCAAAUCGACCAGGAUACAUAGACUUGGGUAAUAAACCCUACCAAACUGCCCCACCUAACUCUCACAGGUCUCAAAACCCUUAUCCAAGCUUUAGUCAUUCGUCACCGAUGGAGAAUAACCAGGAGAAUGCACUACGAUCUCCUACCGAUAUUCAAGACCAAAGGUCAAUGGCACCUUUCGACAAUCUAUCUAAUGAAAGCCCUUUCUUAACGUCAUCUGGUCAUAAUAUGGAUCGAAGUCCGUUCUCAACUUCCACCGCUUCCGUUUCAAAGUCCUUCUCGGUAGAAAGUCUAACAGCUCCCAGUCAACCAGCCGGCCGCACCGGGCAUCCGCUAGGGACCGAGCAGCAAAUGGGCCCGUAUGGUGGCAUCUACUAUCAGUCAAAAUACCAAGCGCCCGGAAUGUUUGGUGGUCAGCGGUUUCCUUAUCCUUCGGAAGCUUUAUACAACGUUCCUAUGCAAUCCAAUAUGUACAUGGAGCGCGGCUCUAUGCCCGUGUACCCCCCUGGUAGGGAUUCGCAUUUGUAAGUUAACUACGAACGACAAGAAGCUGUUGUAAUUCCAUAGCUUGCUGCAAUGGAUCUAAGAGCUAGACUGCCGUAGGUAAAACAUGUACUUUAAAAUUUUUGAUAAACCUAAUUUUUUGGGAAAGGCAGACAAACAAUAACAAUCCUACGCGUCAUUGAUUGGUCUCCGCAGCUUUGGUCAAACUGAAGUAAACUUGAAUAUUUAUCAUUCGUCCAUACUUUUCUACUGUCGUGAAGUAGAUCUCCUCAAUGCUUACGUUGUGCACUCGGUUCUUCAAAUUCUGAAAUAUCCAGAGAUGAAGACUUUGACUUUCAAGCAGAUUUGUUACUAUUUGGACUCAGCGAAGACCUAGUUGUCCUGCGUCUUUCUAGCCAAGGAUUGUAGUUACCAUAGCAAUAGUUGCAAUAACAGUGCCUUCAAUCGAAUAACCUUGGGUUCAAGUAACAUUCAUUCUCACAUUCAUGACGCAUUUAAUGUUUGUCUAAAUUUAAGGCACGUUUUUUUGAGUUUGUUCGCAGUCUGUAACCUUUUGAAAGACACCCUUGAUAAGAAAAUGUUAAAUAUUUUUUAACAGAACAGGUUGCCUAAUUGAGCGACCUGAAUUCAGUUUCUGGUUUAAUCGUGCCAUACGCUUUAUACUCUUUUAUACGUUGUGAAUUCGUGGUACAUUUUUAGUAGCAUUAGUGUUUCUUUACGUGUAAAGUUAAUUAAGAGGCGGCCCAAACUGGCCCUUCAGGAGUGGGGAGGUGCAAGAAAUAAUUCUGAAAUAUCCUUGAACUUCCUCCACCCCAAAAAUAGCAAUUAUAAUGCUAGUUUUAUUAAAUAUAAAAUAGCGAGUAUUUAUACCUUGGGGUCCAGAGGUUAUUUAUUAUCGCUCCGGCGUUUGCUGUUUUGAAGGGACGUCGGCUCUCGCUCGUUCAAAGAAGAGAAACAAAACCUGUGGAGCCCAGGGUAGCCGGUGUUGGACAGCUUAUCGGAAACGGGGAUGUAGGAGUCGACAGUUCUGCACCUAUUCAUUUCUAUGACAGCCCCUGUUUUGGAUCAUAGUUUUGACCUAUGCUCCUAAGAGCAAUCUAUCGGUAUAUCCAACGUUGUCUCAGAUCUAGGUAUGUCAGGUAACCUAAACAGUUAAGCUAUAUAAGCAAGUUGCCAAUGACAAGGAAAAAGUCGAUUUUUUAAAAGUUUGUGCGGCCUGGUACCCAGGACCCUUCGUGUUUUUAGUAAUGAAGGUGCCUGGGUAAAAAGCUGCUUUUCAAACGUAGUUUUAAGAUAUAUAUCCUAAGGAAGCUCGAACCAACAGCGGCUUAUGCAGUUUCGUUUGGUUUGGGCUUCCUGUGGUUUAUUAAUCAUUAUCAAUGUAAUGGCUCAUUUGCCCUGAAAUAAAUUGAUAAUCUAUUUGGAA